CAUUUCCGACAAGCUAAGCUACGGUUAGCUCUGUGCUUUUUUUAGAGGAUGACGGACCAAACAACAGAGAAUAUUAGCUCCAUACCAAUCGAUGGAUUCAGUAAUUUAAGAAUAACGUCGAUAUGGACGUUUGUUAUGUCUGUACAGUGGUCGGAGCCAUGGCUAAUCGGACUCCUGCUGUUUCAUGUGGUGUGUUUAUUCCUGACUGUGGUGACCUGUAGGUUUUACAGAGCGCAGAUCUGCUACUUCCUGAUCAUCGUUGCCCUGGUAUAUAGUGCUGAAUACCUAAAUGAGCUGGCAGCGAUGAACUGGAGGUCUUUUUCUGAUUUCCAGUACUUUGAUUCAAAGGGUAUGUUCAUAUCACUGGUUUACUCAAUACCUCUCCUACUCAAUGCAGUCGUAAUUGUGAUGGUGUGGGUUUACAGGACCUUUUCUACCAUGACUGAACUCAAGACACUUCAGCUGAAGAGAAGGGCCCGUCGAGAAAAGAGGGAGAAAAACGACUGAUCUCUUUCCCUAUGUCCGUACAUGGCCUUCGCUGGGAGAAUUCAGAAUCUCUCCCCAACUAAUCCUGAUUUUUGGAAAAGGAAAACAGAUUCUUUCUUGUGACUUAAAAAGGACUGCCCUUUUUAUGAUAGACAUCUCUCUGUUUUCAGAAAGGAAGAUAAAAGUCCACAGACCAAAGGACAUUAUGGUUUUCUAUUUAUGUUGUUUGUAAAUGUGUUUCAGUGAAAAAUAAAGAACGUUUUUCCUCAAA